AGCUCCUCUGUGUUUUGCACGAGACGACCCCAGCACUGCGCCAGCGCUAUGGCCGCUAGUCUUGAGGAGCUCAGAGGCCUUGGCGCCAGAGCCGGCCCGCGUUUUGUCGAGCCGCGACGCGGAAUGGUCAAAGCUAUGGCGCGGAGAGCCAAAAUGUCGCACCUCGGAGCGUUUCAGAUCCUACCGGAGCACGUCGUACUUUCGUGUCUUGCGCGGGUACCGCGCGAAGACCACGACGCCGUCGCGGAUUGCUCGACCGGCUUUCGAGCAUUGAUGCGCAGCGAGCGCUUCGUCAAGGCGCGGCGCGCCGAGGACAUCACGGAGGAGACGUUCGUUGCUGUCACGCGCGACUGUGGCUUGCUGGCCCUGGUGUCCGGGCGAAUGUGGCGGCGCCUGGCUCCGAUGCCACCGGAAAUGCGCAUCGACUUAGACAGCGAUAUUAGGUUCUGGGGUUCGGGUAUCACGGUCAUUGGUACCGAGCUCUUUAUCGCCGGCGGCGUGAGAUCAGAUGGCAGCUGUGCUGUGGCCGUGCACGACGCCGUUGACGAUUCUUGGUUCAGCAUGCAGCUGCCGCCUUCGUGCCCUAUAAAUUUCUUCGCACUCGGCUGCGCGGGCCGUCUCUUUGGCGGCGCAUUCAAAGAGCACCCUUAUGGUACUAUGGCCCCGGCCCAGAACAGCAUCCUUUUCUGGUCUUGGGAUGCGAACUCUCAGGAAUGGGUCGAGCUCCCUUCGAUGCCGCAGUCGAUGGGGUUGAGCUACCGCGUCUAUGGGGAUAAUUUGGACUCAUUGAUCACGGUCGCCGCGGAAGGUGAAAUUUUCAUCUGCGACCGUUAUCUCUCCCACUUUUGUGUGUUCGACGUUCUUUCGGAGACGUGGAGGCGCGUCGACAUUCCUUUAGCAGCUCGGUACCUUGAUCAAUACAGCCCGAGCCUCUUUUACCACAGGGGCCUCGUCCACGUGCUGCGUCAUCGUAGCCCUAUUCCCCGACGCCUGGGUUACGGUAAUGACCACAUGGCCUACGACACGAUUAGCGAAGUGUGGGUUAGCAUUAAUGGAGGCUUGCCGAGACAUACGGCACGCGGCCCGAAAUACGUGCUCGGGGUGGUCAACCACAACGGCCCGGACGAUUACUUAAUGCAGUUAGAGAAAGGAGAGAGAGGCGCGUCGUCUUGUAGCGUACACUUCUACGUGCGGCGGGACAAUAGUUUCGGGCAUGACGUAGCAGCCUGGAAGAAACCGAUCAAUCUCCCGAUCCGCUACGACGCCUUCGAUCAGGUCGCCUCCGUCGCCAUGCCCUGAGUAAAGUAUGUGAGUUCCUAGAUUUACUACUGCGCCGAAC